AUGCGUCCUUAAUCUAAAGAGGUGUUGACGUUCGCUUUCUGAAUAUACGUUCUGUGGCGCUUCUUUUUUUCAUUAUGCAUUUGUUUGCAGCUUUAAACAAAUAUAUAUUUUGGCAUUAGGUAUUUUACCGCCAGUUAGCAACGAUAGUGUGUCAUAGACACUUCUGGUAAGAUUUGUUUGUCUACUGUGAGUGAACGUGGUCCUGAUGGCGAAUGACCGACUGCGAGCUUUGGAGGAGGUUGAGAAUCAAAUAGCAACGAUUCUGCUGUGUGCUGGUAACAUCGUGUUGGAGCUUUCUAAAGACAAGCACAAUGCCAGUUUCCUGGACAGACAGCUCAGCCAGUUUACUGGAUCGGUCAACAGAGUGGAGACGGAGCUCAGUUCCCAGAUAAGAUACCUCACACAGGUUGCCACCGGCCAGCCACACGAAGGGUCAACGUACUCCGCAAGAAAAGACUGUCAGAUGGCACUGAACCGAGCAGAAUAUGCCAGGGUCAAACUAGGCGAGCUGGGGCGCACCUGUGAGGUCAUGCUGGAUCCACAACCCUGAGAGAAAACCGACACGCACCCUAAAACAAUGGUUGGCAGAGCCAAAUAGGAGGACAUGUUCACCUUUGUUUCACCGGUGGUUUGGACCCACCGAACAGAAAGAGACAGGGGCUGAAAUGUAUCUGGCAAUGUUUUGUAAUUAAGUUGUUUCAUGCAUACAUUUCUUUUAUAGACAUGUGUACACUUAAGAAUAAACAGACAGAUACAAUCUUGUAUGUUACUGUUUUGUUUAUUUUUUGACAUUUUCUAAAAUGCAGUACAAAAUAAAGAAGCGACAUAUAUUCUUAA